AUGUACUUUGCUAGGGCUUAUAUUGCGUAUGCCUUUGUUCUCUUUGCUUCCCUACAGCUUACCUUAUCCUCUCGGAUUUUAAACCCUCGAAUUGAUGAACCGAGCAGCAAACUCGUCGGAAAUCCACACAUUCCUCGCCGUGUCAACCCCGUCGCUUUGGCAGAGCCCGGAAAGAGGAGUUUGUCGACUAGGUACGACCGCUUUCUGAAGAGGACUACUUCGGCAUCGCAUUCCUUGCAUGUCUCUCGGGGUUAUGCGAAGUUGUCAACUAAGAAAUCUUCGGGACCUACAAUCCGGGCCAACAAGUGGAACGAGAAGAGAAACGAGUCCACUGCAGACAGUCAUUAUGGUAAAAACCUUUGA